AAUGCAUUAUGGGAAAUCUGACCCCAGUUCUAUGAUUCCUGUUUUAGCGACUCCCAUGAAUUAUAUGCAUUUGCAAUUAACUAACUUCACGAUGUUGUACGUAAACAUAAUAACGUAACCUCUAUUUUGUGUUUACGUAGAAAUAAUACCCUUUGCAAUAAAUAUUUCAUGUGCUUUAGUUGAUAUAAUGUCGAAAGUGAAAAAAAAGGGCCAACGGUGUUGUGUACCAGGUUGUCAAUCUGAUACAAUCGCAAACCGGAAUGUAUCAUUCCAUACAUUUCCAAAAGACUCUAGUGAAAAACAGAUUUGGAUUAAUCGAAUUAAUAGAGUUGGAAAUCGUGGUAAAUAUUCUUUGUGGCAACCCACACAAUACCAUCGCAUCUGCGGUUUACAUUUUAAUAAAUCUGGAAAAAGGAGAUAUGAGGACAAAUAUCCUAUUUAUUUUAAACACAAGACAUAUGAACGAUUACAAUUAGUACCAUCAUCAUAUGAAGCGAUCCAAAAUGUACAAUAUGAAGAGAUUGUUCCACACUGCGAAUUUGAAGGUAAUAUGCAGCAGGAACCCACGUUGCCUAUUCAACAAGCGUCGCCGCAUGGGCCCACUUUGCAAAUUCAACAAACACCACGAUACACUUACAAACAAAUGCCUUUUAAAACAAUGCUACCAUCUAUCACGGACAGUGUGACGGCAAGUAACGACCACAACUAUGGCCUUCCUUAUAUGUGUGGAGAAGAAGUGUCUGCUUUAAUUAAAACCAUGAAUGAAGAAAUAUUACUUUUAAAAGAACAGCUUGCAAAAUGCACCUGUAUGGAAAGAAACAGAGAGCUCAUCAAUAUCCAAAAUGAGUUAGAGACGCAAAGAAAAAAGAAUAUUAACGUAAGGCUAAAACUGCAAAUAUUAGAACAUCAAAUGAAGAGCUGUAGACAAGCAAUAAGUUUUAAUUUAUCAAACAUACUUAAUAAUGAACAAAUGUUAAAGUUUUAUACUGGUUUCAAAAGUGUAAAUAGAUUUAAAAUUUUGUUAAAGUUCAUGUAUUUGCCAUACAGAAAAGCAAAACGUAACAUUCCAGGCAGACCCUCUUCGCUCUCAUAUAAGGAACAAGCACUGGUAUUUUGCUGUAGGUUACGGUUAGGCUUAUUAGAACAAGACCUGGCCUACCGAUUUUGUAUAAGCCAAAGUGCAAUAAGUAAGAUUGUGAUUUUUUGGAUAAAUUUGUGCAGUGUGACAUUAAACCAAAUUAAUAUAUGGCCAAGUAAAGAUUUAGUUUGUAAGUAUAUGCCUAUAUCAUUUAAAAAUAAAUAUCCAACCACAAGGGUGGUGAUCGAUAGUACCGAAUUAUUUAUAGAAAUGCCCUCAGAUUUUAUUGUUCAAAGUUACACUUAUUCACAAUAUAAAUCUCAUAAUACGGCCAAAGGAUUGUUAGGUAUUACCCCUAAUGGUUUUGUAUCCUUUAUCUCAGAUUUGUAUCCCGGGAGGAGUAGUGAUAAGGAAAUAUUCAACAGUUGUGGCAUUUUACAAUUGUUAGAACCUGGCGAUUCAGUUAUGGCCGACAAAGGGUAUGUCAUUCGUGACGAAUUGGAGGCACGUGGAGUUGCAUUAAAUAUACCACCUUUCCUUGCAUCAGAUUCGAAACAAUUUUCUCCAGCAGAUGUAGAGAAAACAAAAGAAAUCGCAUCGUUACGAAUUCAUGUAGAAAGAUUUAAACCAAAUUUGGAAAAUUUGUUGCCAUUUGCAGAACUUUAUUAA